AACACGUGGACAGCACAAUCCAGCAACAGGUCGGGCGGAGGCGCAACUCCUCAGGGUCACAAGUAGAGAAGCCCUUCACGUCCACUGGGGAGAAGCGAAGCCCUUUUCUUCCGCGGGAACUAUCCUGGGUAAAAGUCACCCCGCUGAGCCCAAAGUUGGAACAUUUUUUGAAAUCUCCCUCCUGAAUGAAAGAUGAGGUUGUGGUACUUCCCAGGUUUCCUCAUAAUCAGUUUGCUGUACUUCUGGAUCCCAUCAUCCAUGUGCUGCAACAAAGCUCUCUGUGCUAGUGAUGUCAGCAAAUGCCUAAUACAGGAGCUGUGUCAAUGCCGACCUGGUGAAGGAAACUGUUCUUGCUGUAAGGAGUGCAUGCUUUGUCUAGGCACACUUUGGGAUGAAUGCUGUGACUGUGUUGGUAUGUGUAACCCUCGGAAUUAUAGUGACACACCUCCCACUUCGAAAAGUACUGUGGAGGAGCUGCAUGAGCCGAUCGCUUCCCUUUUCCGAGCACUUACAGAAGGCGACACUAACCUGAGCUGGAAAAUUGUGUCCUUUCCCGUUGCAGAGGAACUCUCGCCUCAUGAGAAUUUAGUCUCGGUUUUAGAAACAGUGAACCAUCCCCAUCAUCACAAUGUUUCUGUUUCAAACAACGUUCAUCCUCCAUAUUCUAGUGAAAAAGAACGCAUAUGUACUGUGGUUUACUUCGAUGACUGCCUGUCAAUAUACCAAUGCAAGAUCUCUUGUGACUCUAUGGGUGCCUCCAAAUACCGAUGGUUUCACAAUGCCUGCUGUGAAUGUAUUGGACCUGAUUGUGUCGACUACGGGAGUAAAAUUGUAAGAUGCUCAAAUUGUAUGUUCUGAAAUUAAACCAUUCAAUUUUAAUAUGGCACAAAGAAUGUGUGUGUGGGAGGGAGGGAAGGAGGGAGGUACAGUGGGGCAAAAAAGUAUUUAGUCAGCCACCAGUUGUGCAAGUUCUCCCACUGAAAAAGAUGAGAGAGGCCUGUAAUUGUUAUCAUAGGUAUACCUCAACUAGGAGAGACAACAUGAGAAAACACAUCCAGAAAAUCACAUUGUCUGAUUUGUAACAAAUUUAUUUGCAAAUUAUGGUGGAAAAUAAGUAUUUGGUCAAUAUCAAAAGUUCAUCUCAAUACUUUGUUAUAUAUCCUUUGUUGCAAUGACAGAGGUCAAACGUUUUCUGUACGUCUUCACAAGGUUUUCACACACUGUUGCUGGUAUGUUGGCCCAUUCCUCCAUGCAGAUCUCCUCGAGAGCAGUGAUGUUUUGGGGCUGUCGCUGGACAACACGGACUUUCAACUCCCUCCAAAGGUUUUCUGUGGGGUUGAGAUCUGGUGACUGGCUAGGCCACUCCAGGACCUUAAAAUGCUUCUUACGGAGCCACUCCUUCGUUGCCCGGGCAGUGUGUUUAGGAUCAUUGUCAUGCUGAAAGACCCAGCCACAUUUCAUAUUCAAUGCCCUUGCUGAUGGAAGGAGGUUUGCACUCAAAAUCUCACGAUACAUGGCCCCAUUCAUUCUUUCCUUUACACGGAUCAGUCGUCCUGGUCCCUUUGCAGAGAAACAGCCCCACAGCAUGAUGUUGCCACUCCCAUGCUUCACAGUAGGUAUGGUGUUCUUUGGAUGCAACUCAGCAUUCUCUCUCCUCCAAACACGAGUUGAGUUUCUACUAAACAGUUCUACUUUGGUUUCAUCUGACCAUAUGACAUUCUCCCAAUCCUCUUCUGGAUCAUCCAAAUGCUCUCUAGCAAACUUCAGACGGGCCCGGAUAUGUACUGGCUUAAGCAGGGGGACACGUCUGGCACUGCAGGAUCUGAGUCCCUGGCGGUGUAGUGUGUUACUGAUGGUAGCCUUUGUUACGUUGGUCCCAGCUCUCUGCAGGUCAUUCACUAGGCCCCCCUGUGUGGCUCUGGGAUAUUUGCUCACCGUUCUUGUGAUCAUUUUGAUCCCACGGGGUGAGAUCUUGCAUGGAGCCCCAGAUUGAGGGAGAUUAUCAGUAGUCUUGUAUGUCUUCCAUUUUCUAAUUAUUCCUCCCACAGUUGAUUUCUUCACACCAAGCUGCUUGCCUAUUGCAGAUUCAGUCUUCCCAGCCUGGUGCAGGUCUACAAUUUUGUUUCUGGUGUCCUUCGACAGCUCUUUGGUCUUCACCAUAGUGGAGUUUGGAGUAUGACUGUUUGAGGUUGUGGACAGGUGUCUUUUAUACUGAUAACAAGUUCAAACAGGUACCAUUAAUACAGGUAAUGAGUGGAGAACAGAGGAGCCUCUUAAAGUAGAAGUUACAGGUCUGUGAGAGCCAGAAAUCUUGCUUGUUUGUUGGUGACCAAAUACUUAUUUUCCACCAUAAUUUGCAAAUAAAUUCGUUACAAAUCAGACAAUGUGAUUUUCUGGAUGUGUUUUCUCAUGUUGUCUCUCUUGGUUGAGGUAUACCUAUGAUGACAAUUACAGGCCUCUCAUCUUUUUCAGUGGGAGAACUUGCACAAUUGGUGGCUGACUAAAUACUUUUUUGCCCCACUGUAUUCUUUGCAUAUACAGGUAGUCCUUGACUUACAACAGUUCAUUUAAUGACCGUUCAAACUUGCAACAGCACUGAAAAAAGUGACUUACAACUGUUUUUCAGACUUACAACCUUUGCAGUAUUCCCAUGAUCAUGUGAUCACUUUUUGCGACCUACUAACAAGCAAAGUCAAUGGGGAAGUCAGAUUCACUUAACAACCAUGUUACAAACUUAACUGCAGUGAUUCACUUAACAACUGUGGCAAAAAUUGUAAAUUGGGACAAAACUCACUUAACAAUUGUCUCCCUUAGCAACAGAAAUUUUGGGCUGAAUUGUGGUCAUAAGUCGAGAACUACCUGUAUUACUUUGGACAGUACAACUGCAGCACAGUUGAAAGGACCAAGACAUGUAUAUUAUUUUAAAUAUGUAAUUUUACACUUUAAAUCAUUGGAACAAUUAAUUAGUAAAUGUUUAGAUUUGGUUUUGAUUGGGCAAUGUAUGAAGUUUCGUAAAUUGAAUUUUAUUUCAGGCUAUUGAUUAAUCUGCAUGUAUGACCUUAAGUGAUCAUGAAGGUUUACCAGAAUCAUAAUUUGGAGUUCUGAAUGAAGCACUGUUAUAUUUUUUGAGCUUUUCAUGGGUGCCAGUUGUGGAUUGUGAAUUGCUUUUAUAGAUCAUGCAGAUUACAUGUUUACCCCAGCAAGAGCUAUUUGUUUUUAAGAAAGAAAAGAAUUUAGAUUGCUUUUUUGUUUUAAGAAUUUACCCUCCUUAUGAAUAGCCCCUUAUAAAAAAAAAUGACAUACUUAAUCAUGUCCUUUUCAUUGCACGCUUCUUGUCUUUGCUUCCCCAACUCUUGACCUCAGCUAGUUUGUUUUGAACAAAAUGGAAGGAGUUUUAGAUAUUAAAUUAUAAAUCAUAGUAAUUCAGUAAAACAAUAUGGGGUUUAGAUUAAAUAGAAAAUUAUUUUUAAAAUUAUAGCCAAUGCUAUCUACUAAAAUUUAUAUACUUGCUUGCCCAUUUUCCUAUUUCCAAUUUUAGAUUCUCAUAAUGCACUAUUUAAAUGUUAGUGUUAACAAACUGCCUAAUUUAUUACUGUCAUUUGCUGUUUAUGGAAACUACUUUUAUAUGAAAAUAUGUCUAGAAACCGAUACUUUUAUGAUUUUUAUAAGUAAUUGCAUCCAGGUUGGGAUUGUAAAAAAUAUGGUUACUGUUCUCAAAGAUUAGAGCAGGAUUUCUCAAACGUUUUCAAGUGGAACCUAUUAAAGAGAAAAAAAUCCUAGAAUCCCUGAUCAAAACACAAAGUUUAGGGAUAAAAAAUUGGCUGUGUUCAAGUAUCCACAGAAUCUGGUGGGUUUUUUUUUCUAUAGAACAUAUUUAAAAUAAAUCUGGAGGAGAGAAAUAGUCAGUUGUUAAAUAGGGUCCUGCAAUGCCUCUUCCCAUCUCCAUCAAAUGGUGAAGAUUUAAUCAAAGUUGUUUCUACUGCUAUGCAUUUAUCAAGUGAGAUAACAUCACACAGCAUCACAUGGAACAGUUGUUUUCUGGGCAUUCGAUUUAUGACCAUAAUGGAGCCUGGAAUUUCUGUCUUAAGUCAAGGCAGCAUACAUGAGGACUCAGUCUCAUGUAUGUUUUUUUGCGGUGAUCAUUAAAGUGAAUGCUGUGAUCAUUAAGUAAACACUGCAGUUGUUAAGCAACUCCAUGUAUUCCUAUGGGCUUUUUUUGCCAGAUUCUGGCUGAAGGGGCCAGAACAUUGUAAAUAGUGUAAAUCAUGGUCAUGUGACUGCGAAAUGCUGCAACCAGCUAGCUGUAAAGGUGAUCCAGUUAUCAAAGCACCUGAAAUGUAGUCAUGUGACAGCAGGAAUGUACAGUCAUCAGAAUUCCACAAUUAACUUUUGGAUGGAAGUUUUGUCUUCAAACAAUUGCUUGGUACAGUUAGGACAAAACAGGAUUUACCUGUAUUGUAUAUUUUUAAAUGUGAGCUACAGGUAAAUCUUGAUAUAUUUUAUCUAAUUUAAGACAGUCUGAGUGGUAAAUCUCAAUACUUUUCAUUCAGAACUAGUAUACAGUUGUAACACUGGAUUUCCAUGGAGAAAAGAUAACUGCUUAAAGAAAGAAUCUGUAUAUAAAAUAUUUCUCCUUCCUUAUUCCAGUUCAGAUGGUCUUACAUCUUUGCUGGCUGGGGAAUUCUAGGAGUUGAAGUUCAUACAUCUGAAACUUGCCAAGAUUGAGAAACAAUGUUGUAGACAAUGAUUCCAUUGUAUUAUUUUUAAUUUCUCCAAACAUUCAGGGCAACCAAUUAAAUGUUGUUGGCUGUGUCUUAAUGAAUUAUAGCAAGAGAUGAUAAAAUCAGCACUGCAAGUACUUCCAAAUUUGGAAGGGGUGGGUGGAGUUUAGUCUGCUCAAUUACAACUCCCUUAAUACACAGAGGACAAUAUUCAGCAGCUUCCCCCACUCCAUGUAGAAUUCUUUGAUUUUAUAAUGUGGUAUUUACAAGGUAUAUCUUACGGUCUUACUUUCCUGGUGGAAACAGUAACAGUCCUAUAGGUAAUUUAACUUGAUUCUAUCAAUAACAGAAAAUUAUACCUUAAAAUGGAGGACUGGUAUAACAAGUUAUGCAACCCAGUAGCAUUUAGUCAAUUGGCAAUGUAUUGCAAUAGAAAGUCUGUUCUAUAAAAUGGCAAAGAAAAUUGUUCAAUGUAAUAGUCUUCGAGUAAAAAAAAUCUCUAUAUAAUUUUGAAUGCUCAGCCUGUAAAAUGCAUAAUUCUGAUGAUUAUUUUCUCAUUCUGUUAGGGUGGAUUUAUGAGAUUAUUGUAAUAGUUUAAAAAGUAUUGCAUGAAAUAAUUGAAUUUGGAAUGGCUCUUUGUUGUUUAUUGUAGAAAUUCUUCAACCUUUAAAUAUAUAUUAGAAAGAGUGGCGCUGUUAAUCUACAGUGUAAUUCAUAAUACAAUUAAAAUCAUCUUCCAGAUGUAUACGCAAUUAUAGUAAUAAUUUACAACACAAGUAUUUCCUUACUUUUUAUAUUGUCCAAGAAUGUUUUAAUAAACAACUCCUUGUUUA